CAAACGUAAUCCAUGACAUCCAAUAUUGAAAAUUUCUUCUCCACCACGCUAUACAUUUUGUACAGUUUGUUAAUAAUUUUUGAUUUUUCAUUAUCGAAAAGAAUUUCUUGUACCUAAAUAUGGGCGUAGACGUUAUUCCAAUUACUCCUGGUGAUGGAAGUACAUACCCUAAAAGCGGUCAACUUGUUUCUGUCCACUACACUGGUACUCUCGAUAAUGGGACUAAAUUCGAUUCUUCUCGCGACCGCGGUAAACCAUUCAAAUUUACUAUUGGUCGGGGUGAAGUAAUUCGUGGCUGGGACGAAGGUGUCAAGCAAUUGUCUCUUGGUCAACGCGCAAAGCUUGUUUGCUCGCCGGACUACGCUUAUGGAAGUCGUGGCCAUCCAGGCAUCAUUCCACCAAACGCUACAUUGACGUUUGAUGUAGAACUGCUCAAAGUAGAAUAAUUAACAAUUUAUCAUCAAAUUGCAGCAGCAAAACUAAGGCCAAUAGGCAUCUUAAAUUUUAAUAACUAUGCAUUUUGAAAGUAUCUAACACAUUUUUAUUUAGUUAUAACUGCGAUUUAAGUACGAAAGGCUACUCGUGAAUGCUAAACAUUAGACGGUAAGCUUGUGUUUAACGUCAACUGUAUCCAUAAUGUUUUUCUAUGAUCUUAUAAACCUGCAAUAAAUAGACUAUGAAAGUA